AUGUCUGCAACUAAUGGAGGACAGCGACUUAUUGAUUACUUCGUCGUUUGCGGACUGGAUAGCGUCUCUGGAUUGGAACCCGACCAGCUAUUAGGUAUGAUUUUGAUUUGGGGCCCUAAUAAAACGCGCUGGAACAAGAAUAAACGGCAUCCUAUAUCUUAGUAAUUUAGAGAGCUUUUAAAAUAGACUAUAUGCUUUGGUAUAAACUCCAUCAUGGCUGCAUAAUUGUACAUUUUUUUGUCAAAAACUUUGUUUAAAAUACUGUCUAGGUUGUGUACAUUUAAUGUUAAAUUUAAGUAAACCUGCACUGUUUCAGCGCUAAAACUGCUCGAAAACCUUUCUUAAAGGCACAACGCUUUAGAGAGGAUUUAGAAAAGAUUCUAUGCUUUGAUAAAAACUUCCUUCUGGUUGCAUUUAGCUAUUUUUGUCCAAAUUGUUCAUUAAUUCCUUCAGCCUUGGGUUAUAUACAAUGCAAUUUGUAAACAAAACGCUGUUUGUAUAACAUAGUCAUGUGCGGUGCUUAACAUUUUUACAAAAUGUUUCCGGAUCUGUUAAAUUGCUUCCAAAUUAUCCUUAAUUUAUACUCCAUCUAGAGAGAUUUUGAGUAAUUUAGGUUGAUUGUUAUAGCAAUUUUGCAUUGUUGAUAGCAUUUGAUAAAUGUAAACAAACAUAUUAUACAUCCAAACUAUGCCCAGCAGUUAAUUUGUUAUGUAAUUGACAUAACGUAUGCUUUAAUGUUAGUUGAACAUCCAUAAUAUUUAUGGACCCUGUUUUAUAAUUUAACUCUGUCUAAGGCUGGGUAGUUUUACGUCACAAAGCGUCUAUAUGAGCAGCCGGACAAGGUUUUGCAAGAACUAAAUGUCCACCAGGAUUUGUAAUAUGAAGUAAAGUUACAGUAGAUUUUCAUAUUUUUACAAAAUAAAUCCAAUCCAGUAUCCUUAACACUAGAAAUUAAAAUUUUGUAGGGAAAAAUACGAAUGAAAGAAUGAAAAUGUAUUUGUCAGGAACUUGCAAGCGUGUGUCGUUACCGGCUCAUAGAGAUUAUAAAUACCACCAGAGGGGGCAUUGUAAUCUUAAUUCAGUCAACGAAAGGGAACAUGGCUAUUCAGCGGCAAAAAAUUAAAAUGCUGAAAUGAGAGCGAGUUUGAGCCAAAAUCUUUACUGUUGUUCCAAUUGAAGUGUUGCUCAAAUCAAUAUUGAUUCAAUACAUUAAUUACCUUGGGCUGACCAAUUUAUUUCAUCAAGUACGUUCCUCAAGAUAUUCAUACACUUCCUAGUAUAAUUGUAAACUUCCUGUUGAAUAGUUUGAAUGCACCAAUCACCUUUGUUGUUUGUGCAACUAACCAAUCAUAAAUAGAAAGGAAGUGACCAGAAAUGAUCAAAUACUUGGAAUUGGCUCUUUCACAGGAAGUGUAUGAAUAUCUCGAGGAACUUGAUGAAAUGAAUUGGUCGGUCCGAGGUAAUGUAUUGAAUCAAUAUUUGAGCAACACUUCAAUUGGAACGACAGUAAAUUCUUGUCUAUGGCAGUUAAGUAGUCCCGUUUUGAUUUUUACCAACUGAAGCAUUUUUACUUCAAUUUUGUCUAUUCAACACAUUUUUGAGAGCGCUCCAAAAUAAUGCUGAUGUCAGCAAUUUUGAUCUUUUCAAGAGGAAUUAAUUGUUUGAAUUCAAAAUUUUUGGGGAAUGUUUGUAGCAAUACCAUGCAAAACAUAUAAAACACCCAGUUUUGUGACUUUUGUUUUAGAUUUUUCUGGUUUCAAGUGCAACCCAAGAAUUGUGUGGUGUUCAUCUGGGAUUUCAAUUUGCCCCCCAUUACCGCGCUUCCAAAUUUCACCCACGGUGCCCCCUCUAGUGUUAUUUAUAAUCUCAAUGAGUUGACCAUCCAUAACAUUUACGGACUCUGUUUUAUAAUUUAACUCUGUCUAAGGCUGGGUCGUCUCGAAGUGACUAGACAUGUCGUGCAGCCGGACAAGGUUUUGCAAAAACUAAAUGUCCGGCAGGAUUUGUAAUAUGAAUUAAAGUAAAAUGUUCAUAUUUUUACAAAAUAAAUCCAAUCCAGUAUCCCUAACACUAGAAAUUAAAAUUUAGUAGGGGAAAAUACGAACGAAAGAACGAAAGUGUACUUGUCGGUAAGCAAGCGCAUGUCAUUACUGUAUGCCACUGGCUACUUUGCUGAAAUUAUUUGCAGAAAAAAAACAUCUCAGCACGAUAGUUUUUACCCACCCAAAAUGUGAAUUGAUGUUUAGCGCUCAUGUAAACCCAAUGUAUUUCAAAUAGAGAAAAGAAAUCUCAACGAAACACAUUCGAAUUUACUGUUUUGAGAGCUGAGAUGCUUGGUUUGAAAGCGGUACAAAAAAGUAACGGCGUUUGUGUUCACACAAAGUUGCCAAGUGCAACAUUUUCAUCUUGCUCCAUUUAGAAACCGUGCUCAAAUUGUGACUUUUCUGUGUCGUUUUCAAACCGCUCAGGCGUACCGUGAACGUAGUCUCAAUACGAUCUUCUGUUAGGUGAUUCUCUACAUGUCGCUCCAGUUGAGAGAUCUUACAAAGCCAAGACGUUAGCUCACUACCCCGAGAAUGUCUCGUGGAACCCGUUUGACGAGCAUGCUGUUUGCAUGGUAAGUAAUGCUUGUGGAAAGGAACUCGUACCAGGCUUUUGACGUAAUGAAAGAAUACUCAAUAUCAAUAACAAAAACAAACUGAUAAUGACUGAUAUUCAAAAUUUUCCCAUUCUGUAAGAAAACUAUUUUUUCUAAUUUCCCAAUGCAAAUCCCUUCCCAUACGUGCCCCCCCCCCCCCCCCCCCCAAUACAUUAAUCUACAACAUUAGUUUACUUAAAUAUAGCAUGGAAUAUUGUUAUUGCCCUCCUCACUCACCCCAUACACUAAUCCCCUUCCAUUUCUAGCUCUUACUAGAGGCCCACACCCUUUCCUAUAUGCAUUACCCCAUCACUCACCCCAUACACUAAUCUCCUUCCAUUUCUAGCUCUUACUAGAGGCCCACACCCCUUUCUUAUAUGUAUUAACCUCCUCACUAACCCCAUACACUAAUCUCCUUCCAUUUCUAGCUUUUACUAGAGGAAUCACCCAUACACUUACCUCCUCUUUCUAACCCUCACUAGAGGCCCACACCCCUUUCCUAUACACAUUACUCCCCCCUCACCUCAUAAACUAAUCCCCUUCCGUUUCUAGCUCUCACUACCAAAUGGCCUUCAGUUCAAGUUAAACACAGAGGCACACACCCCCUUUUUCCACUCCUUCUUAAUCACCCGCGAAGAUGGCUCACGCAUGAAUGGCUUCGCUUUGACAUUCUACGAAAAGGUCAAAGACUACGAAAUAUGCGAAGCUAUGCAAAUAUUACAAGACAUGUAUAUGGCCGAGCUGGCUCUGAGCUCUACCAAAACCCGUUCGCAUUCGGCCAUACCAUUCCGAGAUCACAUGGAAGGCUUCCAGACCUACUUGCGAAACAAUUCCCCAUCUCCGAAGCCUGAAAUCAAAUUAUACAACUCUGAGAAGCAUAACCUACUUGUUUCGAAGUGUUUAUGCCUUGUGAUGCCCCUACCUUUUACAAGCGCUGCAAAGACAUGUCUGAACAAAAUCUAUCGCGGGGGUUUGACCGAAGACGAUUUGAAUUUAACCCUCGAGUGUUAUCUGUAUAAUCUUAUUUACGAAGUGCCUUUGCCUCCCCCUGGACGGAAUAUGAAGUUUACUUGCAUUACGGAAGACGUUUUGUGUCAAAGACCUGGACUGAAUGAGUUGCCUCCCUUUGAUUAUCCGUUGGAGGAUGUAUUUGGUCUUGUUGGCGUAAAGGAUUUUUUAAAGUUGUUGUCGUGUCUCAUGCUGGAACAUCAAAUUUUGAUUUUUGGAUCUG